ACUCCUAAGUCUGACAAUUAAAUGCCACUGACUGAGCAAGACUUGGUAAUGAUUCAUUACAAAUAUAUAGAGAACUUAACCCUGCACAAGUUCUUCACAAAUCAAAACAAUCAAUUGAAAAACCUUUAACCUUCAUGAUGGUACCCAAAAUAUUCUAUUUCCUUACUCUCUUAUAUCUUUUCACAUUUACUUUUGCUUCCUUUGAAGAAGCAACUGCUCUUUUGAAAUGGAAAGCAACUUUCCGAAACGAGAAUGAUUUCUUAUUGGCUUCUUGGAGACUAAGUCGUCGUGGUGCAGCCAAGAAUUCUUCCAGUCAUGAUGCAUGCAGGGACUGGUAUGGAGUUAAAUGCUUAAAUGGUCGGAGAAACAGGUUGAAUAUUACAAAUGUUGGUAUCAUUGGUACACUCCGUGAUUUUCCAUUUUCAUCCCUACCUUUUCUUGAAUAUGUUGAUCUUAGCAUGAACAACCUUUCUGGUCCCAUUCCUGCAGAAAUUGGGAAACUUAUCAAUCUUGUUGAGGUUGAUCUGAAUACAAACCAGUUAGAAGGUCAUAUUCCUCCGGAAAUAGGCAACUUGAUCAAUGCAAAAUUGUUCAGUGUUUUCUCCAAUGAAUUGUCUGGCUUCAUUCCUAUUGAAAUAGGGAAGAUGAAGUCACUUGAGAGUUUAAGCUUACAUAAAAACAAUCUUUCUGGUCUAAUUCCAAAAGCUUUAGGUGACUUAACUAAGCUCAAAAUUUUGUACCUUAAUGAUAACCAAAUUUCUGGUUCCAUUCCAGCAGAAAUAGGAGAACUUCUCAAUCUUGUCGAAGUUGAUCUUAGUACAAACAGGCUAACAGGUCAUAUUCCAAUGGAAAUAGGCAACUUGGUUAAUGCAACUUUGUUCUAUGCUUACUCCAAUGAAUUGUCUGGUCUUGUUCCUGCAGAAAUUGGGAAGAUGAAGUUGCUUGAGAGUUUAAGCUUACAGAGAAACAAUCUUUCUGGUCCACUUCCAAAAGCGUUAGGUGACUUAACCAAGCUAACACUUCUAUACCUUUAUGAUAACCAACUUUCUGGCCCCAUUCCUACUGAGUUGGGGAAUCUAAAAAAAAUAAUUGAUAUGGAUUUAUCUCAUAAUCAACUUAGCAGUUCGAUUCCAGCAUCCUUUAGCAAUUUGAGAAACUUGAAAACUCUGUUUCUAUUUGUCAACAAGCUUUCAGGCUCCAUUCCUGCAGAAAUAGGGAAGAUGAAGUCACUUAUGGACUUAAUCUUAUAUGAAAAUAAUCUUUCUGGUCCAAUUCCAAAAGCUUUAGGUGACUCAACUGAGCUCACAUCUUUGUACCUUAAUGAAAACCAACUUUCGGGCUCCAUUCCUUCAGAAAUAGGAAAACUUACCAACCUUGUCGAAGUUUAUCUUGAUAUAAACCAAUUAACAGGUCAUAUUCCUCCGGAAAUAGGCAACUUGAAUAAUGCAAAGUUUUUUGAUGCUUCCUCCAACAAAUUGUCUGGUCCUAUUCCUGCUGAAAUGGGGAAGAUGAAGUCACUUGAGAGUUUAAGCAUACAGAGAAACAAUCUUUCUGGUCCAAUUCCAAAAGCUUUAGGUGAAUUAAUUAAGCUCACAAUACUGUACCUUAAUGGAAACCAACUUUCUGGUCCCAUUCCUUCCGAAAUAGGAAAACUUACCAACCUUGUCGAAGUUGAUCUUAGUACAAACCAGUUAACAGGUCAUAUUCCUCUGGAAAUAGGCAACUUGAUUAAUGCAACUUUGUUCUAUGCUCACUCCAAUGAAUUGUCUGGUCUUGUUCCUAUAGAAAUAGGGAAGAUGAAGUCACUUGUGGAUUUAAGCUUACACACAAACAAUCUUUCUGGUCCAAUGCCAAAAGCUUUAGGUGACUUAACUGAGCUCACAAAUUUGUACCUUUUUGAAAACCAACUUUCUGGUCCCAUUCCUGCAGAAAUAGGGAAACUUAUCAACCUUGUCGUAGUUAGUCUUGGUUCAAACCAGUUAACAGGUCAUAUUCCUUCAGAAAUAGGCAACUUGAUUAAUGCAGAAUUUUUCUAUGCUUUCGAUAAUAAAUUAUCUGGUUCAAUUCCUGCAGAAAUAGGGAAGAUGAAGUCACUUGAGACCUUAAACUUACAGAGAAACAAUAUUUCUGGCCCCAUUCCUAGUGAAUUGGGGAAUCUGAAUAAUCUCAGUGAUCUGCGUUUAUCUGAAAAUCAGUUUACUGGGUCAGUUCCUGCUAUAUUUCGCAAUUUGAGAAACUUGCAGACACUGCAUCUCCAUACCAACAAGCUUUCAGGUUCCAUUCCAAAAGAACUUGCAUAUUUGGUUAACUUAGAAGUGCUAACAAUGAGCCAAAAUCAGUUUUCAGGCCAUUUGCCAAACCAGCUUUGUCAAGGUCGGAAACUUGAGAACUUCACAGUGGCUAACAACAAACUGACAGGGCCAAUACCAAGCAGCUUAAGCAAGUGCUCGAGUUUGAAAUGGGUUCGCUUUAGUAACAACAGUUUUGUUGGAAAUUUAUCUGAAGUUUUUGGCAUCCAUCCAGAGCUUUUGUUCAUUGAUUUGAGCGACAAUGAUUUUCAUGGUGAGCUCAGCAGCAACUGGGGAAAAUGCAACAAUUUGGCUGAUUUGCGCAUAGCCAGAAAUAGAAUUGGUGGUAGCAUACCACCAGAGAUUGGAAACAUCCAAGGACUUCUAGGACUUGAUCUUUCAUCAAAUCAUUUGAUUGGGCAAAUUCCAAAGGAAUUUGGAAAAUUAACCUCUCUAGUUAAGCUUACUGUGCAAAACAACAAUAUUUCUGGCAAUAUACCUGAGGAACUUGGGUCACUGACAAAGUUAGAGUCCCUCGAUCUAUCAAACAACGAAUUGAAUGGGUCAAUCCCGACGUGUAUAGGAGAUUUCGUGCACUUGUUUCAGUUGAACCUGAGUAACAACAAGUUUGGCCAGAAAAUUCCAAAAGAGAUAGGGAGGAUAACUCAUCUGAGUGUACUUGAUUUGAGCCAUAAUCUCAUUGAUGGAGAAAUACCUGGUCAGCUAGCCAGUUUGCUGGACUUGUCAAACUUGAAUAUUUCCCACAAUGGCCUCUCUGGCCGCAUUCCUGAAGAAUUUGAAAGUUUGACUGAUUUGCAGGAUGUCGUAUUGUCAUACAAUGAAUUGGAAGGUCCAAUCCCUAAUAAUAAAGCUUUUAUUAAUGCUUCAUUAGAAGGUAAUAAAGGUCUUUGCGGCAAUCUAACAGGACUCCAGCCUUGCGAAAAGCCAUCUUCUGUGGUGAAAAAGCACUCAAUAGCAAAGGGGCGUAAAUUCAUCCUCAUCACGGUACUUCCUGUUAUAGGAGCACUAGUACUGCUUUGUGUUUUCAUUGGUGUUCUCUAUAUGUGUAAUAAAAGAAGGAGAGUUAGAGACGUUGAAAGACGGGACAAUGAUGGUUGGCUUUCGAUAUCCAUGUUAGAUGGAAGGGCAUUGUAUAAGGACAUCUUAAAUGCUACAGAAGAGUUUGAUGCAAAAUUUUGCAUUGGGCAAGGAGGGCAUGGAAGUGUUUACAAGGUAAACCUUCCAUCAUUAGGGACCAUAGCUGUGAAGAGACUUAAUUCUUCAGUUGAGAAUACACAUCCCAGAAGCUUCAUGAAUGAAAUAAGGUCAUUGACUGGGAUUAAGCACCGGAACAUUGUGAACCUCUAUGGCUAUUGUUCGCAUGCACAACACUCGUUCUUGGUUUACGAGUAUGCGGAGAGGGGGAGUUUGUCUAGUAUUUUGACCAAUGAAGCUGAGUCCAAGAAAUUGGAUUGGCUUAAAAGGGUGAAUAUCAUGAAAGGUGUUGCUUUUGCUUUAUCUUACAUGCACGAGGAUUGCUCACCACCGAUUGUUCAUCGAGACAUAUCAAGCAGUAAUGUUUUGCUUGAUUCCGAAUAUGAAGCUCGUGUUUCAGAUUUUGGCAUUGCUAAGCUUCUUAAGCCAGACUCAUCCAAUUGCACCGCGCUUGCAGGCACAUAUGGCUAUGUUGCACCUGAGCUUGCAUAUACAAUGAAGGUUACACCAAUGUGUGAUGUCUGUAGCUUUGGAGUAUUAGCAUUGGAGAUAAUCAAAGGAAAGCAUCUCGGGGAAUAUAUUACCGUGGUAGCAAAUUCGUCGACUAUAAAUCAUGUGCAGUUUAGUGAUUUGCUAGAUGAACGCCUUCCAUAUCCCAAAGAUGAAGUAAAAGAGGUUUUGGUUUUUAUCAUCCAGCUAGCAAGCUCUUGUUUGGUUGAAACUCCAAAAUCAAGGCCAACAAUGCACUUCAUCUCUCAUAAGUUAUCAAAAAUGGAUCCACGUCCACCAACUCAUGUAAAGAGAGCAUUUUAAUCCCUGAGAUGUAAGGUGUCUUUGUAUGAAAAUUAAUAACCCUUGACAUAUGGAAAAAUUAUUAUUGUGACUAGUAUUGUUGUAUUGUCAGUGUGCUUGUCUGGUUUAUUGUAUUAGAGUCUAUAAUGUAGAAGAUAACCUUUCCUUGUGACAAAAAGUAACAGAAACCACCUUCAUGUUUGCUAAUUACUAAUGUUAUAGAGAGGAUAAUGCAUCAAACUAACA